UCAGGAUUCCCGUAUCACCAGGAUGUCCUGUGCGGUUACAGUAAUGCGGUCUACGCGCGUGUGAAUACGUUCCACGGUGCAAUCGCUCUUCCGACACCCUGCCGUUCGCCUGCCAAUUUGCUUAAUUAUCUUUUCCGGGAUCCGUCGACGAAUAUCUCCGCGCCUUCUCUGAUAUUCCCUCUUUCACGCUUCUGGACCCAAAGACGAGCAAGUAUUUAAUUCCUCUUUAUAGAAUCACUUUGUAUAAGUCCCUUUUCCCAUGAACCACGAGUACGAGUAUAUUAAUAUCCUUUGAAUAAAGAAACCUGUUUAUCCAACCAGAAAGAAACCAAGCCAGUAAAUGAAAAAAGAGAGAGAAAGAGAGAGAGAAAAAGCUCUAGUCGUAAUCUUCCCACGAAUAAUUUCGAUUCUAAGCCGCGGCAAAAGCGGCACUUUACUCUAAUCGGUCUGGAAGCCUCUCGAGCCGCUAUCAUCGAGGAUAAUAUCGCGUAUGGUUCAACAAGUACUCGUAGUUCUGUCAAGGGAGAAAGUACUUGAGCACUCGUGUCCCACAGGAGUCAAAGACCCCCGGUGUCGAGAGUUUUCCAAAUAUUGUUGUUCCAUCGUAUCGACUAAUCGCGCUGGAGUAGCAAGGGACCCUCCUUUCGAAUCAUCCUUUCGAUCUCUUCUUUACCAGCUAAAGUCAGCCCGGCAAGCCUGUGUUUAUUCUAUCGAUCAGACCGGAUUUCCGUUUAUCGAGUUCGAGGGAUUAAUCUUGCUCCUUCUCGAAAUCGCAUCUUUACGAUUAUUCUCUUCUGUUCGUCGAAACAUCACCUGAUUAGCGCCGAUAGUCGUCCCGAUGUCAUAGAACACGAUUCCCUGCGGGACAACCAGCUCACGUCUCGAUAUCUGUAUUAUCGUCCGUCUUCGAGUUUCGUGUCGACUAGCCGACCGCACAGGAUCACCGUUUUCUUUUACGACUGGCUCUCGCCAACUCCACUUUACUCGUUGUUUACCUUCUCCAAUUGAAGCUCGACCCAUAAAUUUGAUAUUUUUAACGAUUUACCGCUGCUCCGAUUCGAUCGGAACGAAGAUGAUGCCUGGGAGGUCUUUCUUAUUUGUUAGUUUCGUCUAACGUUCAAUUAUCUUUGAUCAGUAAAUAGAAAAUAUUUUUUGUUAGUCAUCGAAUUGAAUAGUGAUAUCAUCCUCUGUGACACCGCGAACGUUGGAUCGUAAAAGAUCGACAUGGCGAAUGGAAUAUCGAGCUGCUUUUAUAUACUUUCCUCUCGGAUACACCUGCAAGCUUGUCGGCAAUUUGCUUAGCCGUGGAUUCACGCAGCUUAAACUGUUUACAGAGGACUCUCGAUCGUUGUCGCAGGUCUUUGCGUGUCACUCGUGGACGGUCGUGCACAGUUCAUAGUUUGUUCUCAGAUAGCCGAUACAACAGCGGAGAUAUCUUUCGAUUCGAAGAUAAGUCCUGUAUUAGAAGGGCCCGUCUCGUAUCCGGUCUAGAGUUAUACAAAUAAAUCCAGAUUCGAAGGAUCGUUUCGCAGGUUCGUAGUAUCGUCGUUCAGAGAAAAUUAGGGCCUGAGAAUGAAGCACCAUCGUCGCGGUCGAGAGAAAAAGAGUACUUCGAAAGUAGAGGACGAUUUCGAUAGGUUCCUUUCGGUGUAAGAUUCAGUCUCAUCGCGACGCUGUUUCGUGGUGCAUCAGAAAGGUAGGGGGACAAUAAAGUCCUCCUCUUAUCGCGUCAAACAUCCUUGGCUCGGGUGUCGCAGUGUCGCCUGGUACACUCACGGCUCUGUGACUGAGAAAACGACCGACGGCUCGAGGAGAGAUAGUGUUCUUCGAUUGCCACUUGUCCUUGUGUGUGCCUAGGAUUUCGCCUGGCCCUGAAGGGAAACCAGGGUCUCCGCAAACAAACCUCGCCGUUUCUUCACGAAAUCCAUCAUCGUUUCUCUCCCCGUUCCCUUCCUGCUCUCCGUAGGUUCCACAACUUCCUGCAGCGCCUCUGCAAAUUUUCACAUUCGCGAUCGUCGCUGCAACGUUAUAAACUGAAUUUACCCCCAUCUCCGAAGCAUCUAAUCCCUUCGACGUGGGUGGACGACCUUUCAAUAUUUCAAUUGAUCAUGAACAACAAAGCAGAACGAAGCAGCGACGAAGGCGAGUCGACGUCGGGCACGUCGGCUGGAGGAGGUACAGGAAUCGGCGAAAACACGGAAAUGGAGGAGAACGGGUCGAUUCGUGCCGGUAGCAACAGUUCCGGCAUCGGCAGUCAGGUGUACAGGGAGCUGAAGAGCCUGCACUCCAACUCCACCACCGGCCACGAUUUGUCGCAGGAUUACAAUCAGCAAUCGAGGCCGUCCUAUCAACGAGGUUACUCGCCCGCCAUGGACAAGCAACAGCAACACUACGAGAAGGAACGACAUCGAACAGCCUCGUCGAAGGAGGAAGAAAAAUGUUCGUGGGAUUACUUGGAGAAGAGUGACAGAAAAGAGUACUCGAGAUCGCGGGAGUCGUCGUACAGGAACGAAGCCUACCAGGACUCGAUGAAGCAAGAGCAGAAGGAGCAAUCGAAUCGCGAAUGGGUGUCACCGGUGCCGGAGGUCGAGGUGGGAGGCAGCUCGACCGAUCCUCAGGUUCGAGCGCGAAAGGACAUUCCACGGGGUGCAAGAUUCGGCCCCUUUCUCGGCAAAUGGGCGAGCGAACCUUUCAACCCCCGUUACGCAUGGGAGGUUCGUACCGCUGGAAGUGGUGUCAGGGGGUGGUUGGACGCAUCCCACGAAACGAACAACUGGCUGAAAUACAUUCGCAGCGCCAACAGUCCGCACGCGGUUAAUAUGCGGCACGUGCUGAUCGGCGGACAGAUGGUGUACGAGGCCGUACGGGACAUAGCGGCGGGUGAAGAGCUUCUUCUCGGUGUUCGAGAACCUCUUCAGCUGCAGGACAUGCUUGGCGAAAAUACGACCGAGGACAGAAGCGAUAGAGAGACCGCCUCGCAACACAGCGGCACCGUUGACGAGGAUAAAGAGGACGAGGAAGAGGGUGAGACCAGGUGCACCGUAUGCGACAAGCCGUUUCAAGACAUCGAGCUAUUGGACAGCCACCUGGUAUCCUGUCACAGAUAUCCUGCGGAGCAACACCGCUGCGAUACCUGUCCCCGUGCGUACGCCUGGCGACCUCUUCUAGUUCGUCAUCGCGCGAUCGUUCACGGUGAUCUUCGAAAUUAUCCCUGUGAAAAUUGUCCAAAGUCGGACAAACCGCAGGUCUUCACGGAUCCUUCGAACCUGCAGCGUCACAUCAGGACGCAUCACGUGGGCGCGAGGAGUCACGCGUGCACCGAGUGCGGCAAAACGUUCGCCACCAGUUCCGGCCUGAAACAACACACCCAUAUCCACAGCAGCGUGAAACCGUUCCAGUGCGAGGUCUGCUUGAAGGCGUACACCCAGUUCUCUAAUCUAUGCCGGCACAAACGAAUGCACGCGGACUGUCGCAUGCAGAUCAAGUGCGCUAAAUGCGGACAGUCUUUCAGCACCGUCACCUCGUUGUCGAAGCACAAACGAUUCUGUGAUUCAACGCCACCGACCGGUCCACCAGGAGCCAUGCCGCAGUUGCCGACCUCGGCACCGAGCCCUUUCCUCGUCUAUCGACCUCCCGUCAGUCUACCGGGUAGUCUCCCAUACUACCCGUCCAGUCUGAUGGGCCCGUACCCAGGAAUAUUUCCAAACGCUCCACACUUCUUGAACACCCCACUGUUGUUCCCGCCUAAGGUUGAGGAAGCCGAGAAGAGAAGCGACAGUCCGAAGAAGGAACGUUUCACCCCGCCAAGGGUGCUACCCCAGCACAGCAAAGUUUCUCCAUCCACCGCCGAAGAAGCUACUUCGUCGUUCAGACCCUCUCCAGCUAGACCGCCUGUCCAGCCUACUCCAGAGAGCGACGACGAUCCCUCGAAGAAGCGAAAAGUUGGCGGAAACAACGAGAAAAAGGUGGACUCUGAGCAUAAUUCAACAAACGCGAACGAAGAGACGACAGAUCAACCUCUGGAUCUGAGAGUCCAAACGAAGAAACAAAAAACAACAGCGAAUACCGCCGAGAGGAACAACCACAGUCCUUCGCCUGUUCCAGCACCGAUGGAGGAAGCUCCACCGCCUCCUGAACCUCCCAAGCCCGAAGAAGAGGUCCACGCACCGAUAGACGUCGAUACCAAGGACGUACCCAGUAGUCUGCAACUGAGAACCAGUUUACCUGAACAACCGGUCACCAAUACUCCGCCGCACAUGGCUUACCCCAGACCCAUUCAUCCCAUGUUUCUGGAGGCCAUGUACCGCGGUCCAACGGGCAGUUUCCCAGGUUUUCCAGGCGGACCGCCUCCUGGAAGUGGCACGCCAGAGUCCAGGCUAUUACCACCGCUCCAACCGUUCGAACCACCCCGUGGGCUUCCUUUUUUAGGGACGUUCAUGAACGGGCUCAGCGGCGCUAGGCCAGGAGGCGGAGGAUUCGACCUGCUUGCCAGGCCACCGUUGGGACCGUUCCCCGGUGUCAAGCCGUUUCAAGAAGCCGUAAUCGCGCCCCAUCACCAUCACCAUCCUCAUCACGCUCACGGCAAGAUGAAGGACCGAUACUCCUGUAAGUUUUGUGGCAAGGUAUUCCCCAGAUCAGCCAAUCUGACCAGACACCUGCGGACACAUACCGGCGAGCAACCCUACAAGUGCAAGUACUGCGAGAGAUCCUUCAGCAUCUCCAGUAAUCUCCAGAGACACGUUAGGAACAUCCACGACAAACAGAGACCAUUCAAGUGUCCCCUGUGCGAGAGAUGUUUUGGGCAACAGACCAAUUUGGAUAGACACUUAAAGAAACACGAAGCUGACGACGGUAGCGGAGUCGUCUCUGUGGCUGAUUCACCAGGUAGUAGUAACGAGAACGAACGCGAGGACACGUAUUUCGACGAAAUCAGGUCGUUCAUGGGCAAGGUAACGUACGGUGGUGAAGCAGGUUACGGGCUACCCCCUCAUCCUGCUUACCUACCCAGCAGACUACACGAAAUGCACGAGUCCAAGAUGGAAACCGAGUACGACGAGGACGAAGACAGCGAGGAAGGAGUGUCCCCUUUAGACGAAACCGAUGGAUUGUCCCCCGUCGAGGCCAAGGAAUCCACCCCACCCCCGCAGUACGAUCUGAAGCUGAGGGAGAAGCAAGAAAUGCUCAAUAACAACACCGCGGAACCGGUCAUCGAAAUUUCUACAUAGCCCAUAGGUCGCGUAGGUUAAACGAGGAGAAAAAUCGUCCUUUUGGAACGGACUGAUCCUCUUUUAGUGACACAUAGAACUGUUACGAGGAUGUUUGUCUCGAUGUAAUUUUUUAACCGUAGAUAGAUUCCGUCGAUCGUGUUUGAAGUUACUCGUAGUGAAAGAAGUGUUGGUUCGAGGAUUGUGUUACGGGAUUACCUAAUACAUCGACCUCUUGUUUUUUUCACGUCUCUGUUAUUUUCGCACCCCAACAGUGAGAGCGUAAAAGAGAUCGAACGAAAUACCACUGUCUUUUUUUUCACACGCAAACACACACACACACACACACCGGUUACGAGCAAAUUGUUCAAUAGCGUAGUUCCUACAGACUCGUUCUCAUUGUACACGCGCACGUAAAUUAAUAAUCGUUCGAAUCCUGACCCAUCCCUUUCUCAUCGUCCACCGUAGCAUUAUUUAUUCGUCUCGCCGUGUUUCUUUGCGUCGCGUGAAAACCGCCUCGGCCAGAAGAGGCUGACGUCUUUGUCGAGUUUCUAAAACUCGGUUCAACCCUUAACGGUGUUCGUGCAAGGACGAUCUGAUCGUGAAACGAUGGAAAAGGAGGAUUGGAACUUUUGCUGGAAGAAAGUCGGAUUCACCGCUGUUUUCUUUCUUAGAAAGUAGAUCGAACGUUGUAAUCUUCGAGGAAGAAAUGAUGAAAAAUGGGCUGCUGAAGUCUGUACUCGAAUAGAUAGCAUGAAAAAUUGGUUUAGUCGACGCGAAGCCAAAGCGACGAGGAUAACGAUUAGCGAAGCGAGCGUGUAAUUAACAGAGAAACGUUUUAUGAGAAUCUGUGUACAAAUUUCCAUUAGGUGAUAUAACGUUUGUAAAAAAAAGAGAAACAAAAGAAUACGAAAGUUCUUCGUGAUUUUUAAUAUAUAUAUAUACAUAGACAUAUAUUAUACAUACAUAUUAUAUAUAAAUAUAUAUAUGCGAUCUUAUGAAUUGACCGUGACACGAGUCACGAUAGAUUCUUUAUCAAAGACGCAUAAUUGUUAUGUUUAUUUCACUCGAUAGUUAAUAAAGUCGCGCGUGUUUCCAUCCGGUUCUCGAUGUUUGAAGAGAAAUGCUCUCGUGAAUGUUAAAUGAAGCAAGUUUGCGAAUUCUUUUUGCGAAAAGAAGAAAGAAUAACGUUUCCUUCUUGUUUCUUUUUUUUCUUUCGAUUGUUCUUACCUACGAUUGUGGACAACAUCUGUUUUCUUCAUGUAAGAUUUUACGGAUACGUGUUCUAACAUAUCUCUCUUAUCUUCAUCCUCUCUGACUAAUAGACGAUAAUAAACUUACGGAUUGAUUAAGCAUACUUACGUCGAUCGAGAUAAUUAAGGACGAUUAUAUUAUGACUCUAUCUAUACAUACUGUAUAAAAUGCAUCCUGUAACUUCAUUAUGAUUACCAUUAAAAUAUUACACUUCAACUUUGA